AUGAAUAAACGACGUAAAGAUCUAAUAUUCAGGAUUCCUAAAGAGACAUCACCGUUUGCAAAACGACAACAUGUUUUUCUGGGACCUUUAUUGUAUAACAAAGUUAAUCAGGCUGGGAACAUCUACUCUAAACCACGCUACAAUUGUAAAGAAAUAGUAACUAAAUUCCUACAGUUAAAAUCUUACUCUGAAACAAGCAGCGAUUCUCUGCUUCAGAUCAUCUAUGCGCUCCGUCAGUUUUUGCGUUAUAUCCGGCUGGGACAAACUGACAUUUGUCCCAGCAAAUGCCAUCCUGACGGUACGCACAAUUCUUGGCCUGUUAUUGCCCGAUCUGAAGCAUAUAAGUCUACCGAUGAGAACAAAGAGAAGAAGAGUGCAGAGAGAAGAAGAAUUGAGGAACGUAUUGUAAAGGCUAGACUUUGCGAUACGUUCCUCAAUUCUUCUUCUCCAUGCUGGGAUAGCGCUACUUGGGCCAGUAGCGCAUCCAGCCGUGGAAACCUUGGCGCCUAUGAUACGGCAGACUGCCAAAGAGUCCGUCUCGCAAAGGUUCCGGCUGGCUUCCAAAUAGGUCACCAGCAUUGGGUUUAG